UGGCGCCAACGGCCCGCCAGGCUUUGGCCGUUCUAGCGCCUGCGGUGCCCUCCGAGAUCCGACAUUUAUCAGCGAGACAGCAUUUCCUUGGCGUCAGUCAGCGUUGUCGCGCAAGAGAUUAAGUCGUAGAAGGUUAACGAACCACUCGAACGCGCCAGUAAGAUGGCGAGAAGGGCUGGAGAGAGUGGGGCCGAUCGAUAGCGCAGUGCUCGGCGCUUCGCCCUGUGCGCGUGCGCAGUGAACGUGCGCUCGGAGCGAUCGAUCGGACAGAAUUCGUGCCUCCAUUUUUCUGGGAGAGAGCGGGAGAUCGAGAGAGCCGGACUAGCGGGUACUAGCGGGCUGGGAUGCAUGGAGAGCGGCUGGUGAGCUGCCCAGGAAAUUGCCUUCCUCUUCUCCAAGAUGUACAGAACCAAAGUGGGCUUGAAGGACCGCCAGCAGCUCUACAAGCUGAUCAUCAGCCAGCUGCUCUAUGACGGCUACAUCAGCAUCGCCAACGGCCUCAUCAACGAGAUCAAGCCGCAGUCCGUCUGUGCACCAUCGGAGCAGCUCCUGCAUCUCAUCAAACUAGGAAUGGAAAACGAUGACACCGCAGUUCAGUACGCAAUUGGCCGUUCAGACACGGUUGCUCCGGGCACAGGAAUUGACCUGGAAUUUGAUGCAGACGUCCAAACCAUGUCCCCAGAGGCUUCCGAGUACGAAACAUGCUAUGUCACAUCCCACAAAGGACCCUGCCGUGUGGCUACCUACAGCCGGGAUGGGCAGUUAAUAGCCACCGGAUCUGCUGACGCUUCCAUAAAGAUACUUGACACCGAAAGAAUGUUGGCCAAGAGCGCCAUGCCGAUCGAGGUCAUGAUGAAUGAGACGGCACAGCAGAACAUGGAAAACCACCCGGUGAUCCGAACGCUUUAUGACCACGUGGAUGAAGUCACAUGUCUCGCCUUCCACCCAACGGAACAGAUCCUUGCCUCUGGCUCAAGGGAUUAUACUCUCAAGUUAUUUGACUAUUCCAAACCAUCUGCCAAAAGAGCCUUCAAAUACAUUCAGGAAGCCGAAAUGUUACGCUCCAUCUCCUUCCAUCCUUCUGGAGACUUUAUACUUGUGGGGACUCAGCAUCCUACGCUUCGGCUUUAUGAUAUCAACACGUUUCAGUGUUUUGUCUCUUGCAACCCUCAAGACCAGCACACCGACGCCAUUUGCUCCGUGAACUACAACCCCAGCGCCAACAUGUACGUGACCGGCAGCAAGGACGGCUGCAUCAAGCUGUGGGACGGCGUCUCGAAUCGAUGCAUCACGACUUUCGAGAAAGCGCACGACGGCGCUGAAGUCUGUUCUGCCAUCUUCUCCAAAAAUUCCAAAUACAUUCUCUCCAGCGGAAAAGACUCUGUAGCUAAACUUUGGGAGAUCUCAACGGGACGGACGCUGGUCAGAUACACAGGUGCGGGCCUGAGCGGGCGGCAGGUGCACCGGACGCAGGCCGUGUUCAACCACACCGAGGACUACGUGCUGCUGCCGGACGAGAGGACCAUCAGCCUGUGCUGCUGGGACUCGCGCACCGCCGAGCGCCGGAACCUGCUCUCCCUGGGCCACAACAACAUCGUGCGCUGCAUCGUGCACUCGCCCACCAACCCCGGCUUCAUGACGUGCAGCGACGACUUCCGCGCCCGCUUCUGGUACCGGCGGUCGACCACGGACUAGCCCGCCCGCCUUCCCGCGCCCCCCUCCCCCCCGCGUCCCGUCACCAGGUCACCAGCUCCGGCAGCGCCUCGCCGCACCAUCUGGCGGCCGCGCUGCCACCUGUCCAUCCUCGGAUUUGUCCAGAGGAUCCUCUUUUAGCUCGAUGUAGAAUCAUGGUGGGAAAGUUGGAAGCGCAGAUCCGUGCGGCGGCUCGCAUCCCCUGAUUCUUCCAGCGGGAGUCUCCCCGCUUUUGUGGACACGGGACUCGCCGCGCGCCUGGGCUCUCUUGACCGUUCGAGGAAGGAAAGCGUGCUGCCGUGCUCUCUAGAUCUCAAGUGGGUCUGUCGUGAGGGGUUUUCCCCCGGUUCUGUCCGCUCCGUGCCUCGUCUGCACCCCCCUUUGUACCUCCCUUCAGAACACGGCUGUGGCAGGUGGGCAGCCGGCGGCCGGGGCGUCAGAGCACUGGGCCACUUCCGCCAGUUCUGGCCUACACCGGUACGUCCUGAUAAUAAAGCUCAGAUCUGCAACUUCAGUGUUCUCCCUUUUUCACUUCGAUAAAAUUAACAGCCGGUUUUCCCUGAAGAUUUCUAGGAGACGCAUCUUCCGCCAUGCCUCCCACCGCCUUUGGGCACCCGCAGUGCUGGUCUUCGGUAAAGAUUUCCGAUAAGGUUACCCCGCGGAUGGGCCGCGCCUCGGAGAUAAAGCCAACCCAGUCCGCGCGCGGCGAGCCCGCUGCCCAAGUGAUUACUGUCGACUGACCUCGUCCUUGGAUCGUUUUAAAUCUCAUCUUUCGGUUCUUUUCAGCGUAAGUCGUUUCCUGCUCAUCGUGGAUGCACGUGACAACUGUGUUCUUGGAAGAGUUUUUGCAAUCAACCAUCCGAUUGGGGUUUUCUCUUUCUUGAAACUUUACAGAAAGUGAUGGCAUUUCUCUGGAUUCAGCUCAAGCUCGGUCAGGGAGCCCUCACCUCCCCCUGAACGAUAGACUUUGGUUGAUAUUUAUCCCCAAAUGCAAAUCCCUCAUGAUCUGCAUUCUAGGAAUACCUAGAAAUAUAAUCUAGGAUCAUUUGAUAGAGAUAUUAAAUAGAUUAAAGUUAAAGGAAUUGUUUCAUGUUAUAGGAACUUUCAAAUCUUCUGAAGUUUAUUGCCUGAAGAGUCUGUGUCGGUCAUCCUCUGUACGGAUCAUUUCGAUUCUUUGGGCUGUGGACCCUUUUAAGCAUUCUUACGGUGUUAAGUCCGUUUUCCUUCAGGUUUCCGAAGAGCUAUAUUUUUGAGGCUGUACUGAGUUUAGAUUUAUUUCUGUUUUGCGCCCUGAUUCUCUAGUAUUUGCCCUCGGCCGUCUGUGGAUGCCACUUUUGUACGCUGAGGACAGACCUACUGAGUAGGAACUAGGAAACCGUUCCAUACAGAAAUUACCAACCAGAAGUCCUCACUUCUUUUUCUGACUUCCUUUUGCCUUCAGUGUGUGAGAUCACAGCAGAGACUGAACAUUUCUGCGUUCCUCUGCUCUGACACGUGCGCCCGAAUGACCACAUCGCAUUCCCGACUUAAGUUCCACGGGGUCUUUUUAACCGUUCAUGAAUUUAAACAAUUAUGCCUGCUGUUUCCAGUUUCUGGAAUAGUCUCAGCCAUGGAUCUGAAGUCCCAGGACUUCUGUCUACAAGAUCAAGAUACUUUGUGUUUCCAAACUAGACACAUUUUUUCUUUUAAAAAUCACACUAACAUUCUGAACUGGUAAGAACACCAGGAAUGUUACAUGGACUCAGUGUCAGCUUGUCACUAACUGUCCACAUAGCCCCCUGGCUUUAACGGUGAAUAACAGGAACUUAGAAUUUCUAUGUUAUUUUUUAAAUAUAUGUGAUUUCUAAAAUAAACUUUUUGUAUAUAAUGAUAA